AUGCUCAAACAGAUCAAGACCUCCGGAACCGGCAGCGUGACAAUUUCGUCCGAUCUGUUCGAAAGACUAUAUCUGCAGCCUAAGAUUGUGGGCCCGCCGUUGAAGCAUCCGUUGCAGAAGAUCUUGGGAAACCCGACACCGUUGGGGAUCAUUGGGUUUGAGAUGAGUCUGAUGCCUGUUACUAUGCAGUUGAUGGAUUGGAGGCAGAGUAAUGGGUAUGGGAGUGCGAAUAAUGCCGAUGUCAUCGUUUACGGUGGUGUAUUGAUGUGGACUGCGGCUUUUCUCGAGCUCUUGUUGGGCAACACCUUCCCGUUCCUGGUCUUUAUGUCCUUCGGCAGCUUCUACGCCGCGUAUGGCGCUCAACUCGUACCCUGGUUCGCGACCUACGCAUCCUUCUCCGACGACCCCAUCAAGAACCCAGCUGCUGGCCUUUCGUCCCCAAUAUAUGCAGCCGAUUAUGGUCACUACUGGGUCGCCUUCACGAUCGUAAUGUUCUGGUUCUACGUCUGCACCUUCCGCGCAAACGUCCUCUUCGUCCUACUCUUCACCUGCAUCACCCCAGCCUGCGGUUGCAUUGCGGGGAUCUUCUACGAGCUGGCGAAUGGUCACAGCGAAAGAGCACACAACUGUCAACUGACCGCCGGUGCCCUCCUCUUCUGCGCCUGCUGCUUCGGCUGGUACCUCUUCGCCGGCUUGAUUCUGCCAACUGUUGACUUCCCGAUCCCGGUCCCGCUUGGUGAUCUUUCCACUGUCAUACCGGGAUUGACGGAUUUGACCGGUGAUACUGGGGCGGAGACGAGGAAGGAGGGGAAUAGGAGCUUGAACCUGGCGAGGUUUGGGAGGAAGAAGAGGGAUGAUGAUGCAAUGGUUGAUGGGGAUGCUGUUUGA